GAUCAAGAAUUUCAUCAACAACCAAGUGACCUUUCGUAUCCCAAUGCCAAGCAAUUGUGUUGUGGACACCAGAGGCCACAGAACGCACAAGCGUUUUGCAAAGGUCUACUUUAGCUGUGCUGAGAGAGGAGAACACUGCCUGUACAACCACACUUACCUGAAGAUGAAAACACGAUGCCCUAGACUUUGGAUCCACAUGAUGUUUCUUACAUUGCAGGCACGUUCAGAGAAGCCUCUCACCCAGGAAGAUCAGCAAGUGUUGGCCCUUAAAUCUACCUGGGACUCUGUAAAAAAUGACGGCAAAAGCUUUGUAGCUCUAAUAACCUCAGCCUUCCCUUCCAUCAAGAUUAGGACUGCCAAUCCUUCAAACUACCCAGGCUACAUAUCCCAGGCUCAGCAG